CCAUCAGCCAUGAUGAAGGGUUCCACCUGAUAGUGUGAUCCAAUCCAGAAGGAACCCGUUCUGCCACACGGAAGCCACGCGAUGGCCUCCCUGCAGCAGAAGCGCCCCAGCAUCAGCAACUGGUUCUCCUCGCUGCGGCGCCAACCAAAGGCCAAGAAGGGCACCACCAACCUGGGCAGCAGUGGCAGCUUUGGCAGCAAACAGCAGCUGCAGCUGCAGCGGAGCUGCUUCGAUCUCUCCGCGACAGUCGUUGGGGGAGGGGGAGGCGGCGGCGGCGGCGGCAUACCAGGAUUCAAUGUCGAAGGAGUGGGAUUCAGUGUCGAUCGGAAUAGCCGCAGCAGCAGCACCUUCUACAUCAAUCCGCUGAAGGCCUCCAAGGAGGAUCGACGACGUCUGGUGGAGACUGGCAGCAGCAGUGGCGGCAGCAGCAGUCGCAGCAGCAGCGUCUGUGUGCGCUGCUUCUGCAAUCUGCUCUCCAAGAGCGAGGAGAAGACGCCCACGCCCACACCACUGCCACCCACGCCGCCACCGAAGCCACCGAAGCCACCAGCCAAGCCGCGCUCCCCCUCGCUGGCGCCCUUCACCAGUGUGGCGACGUACAACAUCACGACCUUGACGCCCGACAGCCCCCCACCGGCCAGUCCGACGCUGAGCAGCGAGACGGUCAGCUGCAACGAUGUCAGCCGCAAGGUGGAGCUGAAGCGGCUGCCCUGCGACGAGCCGCACACGGAGCUGUACAGCAAGCGAUCGGAGUACACGAACACCACCACCACGACGACCACCAGGACGCUGAUAGUGUCCCGACCCGUGGAACUGCUGCUCAACGACAAGGGGGAGAUCAUCUCGCGCAGAUCGCCGCGCAAGACGCGCUCCAAUUCGCUGGGAUGCAUGCUGGACGUGGAGGAUCUGUCGGAGACGAACAAUGGCGGCGGGGGAGGCAUGGAUAAUCCCUGCCUGGAGCUCGAUACGGAACUGCCGAGCUCCGUUCUGAGCUCUCCGCUGACACCCGAUGCGGGCGAUAUGCGCUUCAUCGAUGACAGCUCCAAUUCGCAGAGCGAAUCCGAAAGGAAUUCCGUCAGCCAUCCCCACCACAACAACAACAACAACAACUCCAAGGAGCAGCAGAAUAAUAACAAUAAUUGCAGCACCAGAAGCAGCCAGGAGACGAAUCUCUGCGAGAGUUGUCGCCAUUUGAUCGAGAGAAACCUCAGCAAUGCGGAGAAGCAGAUCAACAGCGAUGUGGUGAUACUCAGGCAACAUCCGAAGCAAAUCAAAGAUGAAUUGUGCGAAGUUGUCUCGGAAAUGGAGGCGCUCGAUGUGCCCGAAGACUGCAAGCAUUCCAACAAGGACAAACAAAUGUCCAUUGGUCGCAAAAAGUUCAAUAUGGAUCCGAAGAAAGGCAUUGAGUAUCUCGUGGAGAACCGACUGCUGCGUCACGAUCCCCAGGAUGUGGCGCAUUUCCUCUACAAGGGCGAGGGCCUCAAUAAAACGGCCAUAGGCGAUUACCUCGGCGAAAAGAACGAUUUCAACGAGGAUGUCCUCAAGGCCUUCGUGGCGCUACACGACUUUACCAAUCUCAUUCUAGUGCAAGCCCUAAGACAAUUUCUCUGGUCGUUUCGAUUGCCCGGCGAGGCGCAGAAGAUCGAUCGAAUGAUGGAGUGCUUUGCACAGCGCUACUGCCAGCUAAAUCUGGACAUAUUCACCAACACGGACACAUGCUAUGUGCUCAGUUUUGCCAUUAUAAUGCUCAAUACAUCGCUGCACAAUCCAUCGGUCAAAGACAAGCCCACCGUUGAGCAAUUCAUCUCGAUGAAUCGUGGCAUCAACAACGGCGGCGAUUUGCCCCGCGGCCUGCUGGAGUCCCUUUACGAGUCCAUACGCACGGAGCCAUUUAAAAUACCCCAAGACGACGGCAACGAUCUGAUGCACACCUUCUUCAAUCCCGACAAGGAGGGCUGGCUGUGGAAGCAGGGCGGCAGAUACAAAUCGUGGAAGCGACGCUGGUUCAUAUUGAACGACAAUUGCCUCUACUACUUUGAGUACACCACGGACAAGGAGCCGCGUGGCAUUAUACCGCUGGAGAAUAUAUCGGUGCGCGAGAUACACGAUCGCAGCAAACCGCAUUGCUUCGAGCUGUUUGCCACUGGCGGUGCCGAUAUAAUCAAGGCCUGCAAGACUGACUCCGAGGGCAAGGUGGUGGAGGGCAAGCAUACCGUGUACCGCAUGUCCGCCGCUACGGAGGAGGACCAGCAGGAGUGGAUCAAGCGGCUGACGCAGUCCAUCAGCCACAAUCCGUUCUACGAUAUCCUAGUACAAAGAAAGAAAAAGGCGCUCAGCAAGAGUUAGUAUUAAGACAGAGCUGCUUGGCCUAACAAUUUGUCUUGGAUCUCAGUGAAAACCUGCAACGCGUGUGCGGCAGUGGCGGUGGCAACGGCAACGGCGAUGGCGAUGGCGUUGGCGACUCUCCCCAUAAUUAUACAUCAUCUACAUAUACUUACCUUUUAUAUAUAUAUAUAUGUACCAUUUAUUGUUCAUUAUUGUGUGUGUCAAUGUGUGCAUGCGUGUAAGAAAUUGCAAUGAUUAACCAAUGCGAGAGUAUCUGUCGUUUGUUCAGCCCUGUGGUUUGCCCCAAUUUGUCAUCUGUUUGAUUCACACUCUGACGCCAACCCGCAAUCGCCACCGCCCAUGCCGCCGC